AUGUCACCACAAAUAGAGACUAAAGCAAGUGUUGGAUUCAAAGCUGGUAUUAAAGAUUAUAAAUUGACUUAUUAUACUCCUGAGUAUGAAACCAAGGAUACUGAUAUUUUGGCAGCAUUUCGAGUAACUCCUCAACCUGGAGUUCCGCCUGAAGAAGCAGGGGCCCCAGUAGCUGCCAAAUCUUCUACUGGUUCAGGCUUCAGCGAUCCCGAGAGGUUGAGUGCCCGUGAUGAUAAGAUCCAUAACAUUGUUACCGCAGAAGUGGCCGCAAAAAUCAAAGAGGCUAUCCAGGAGAUGUUAGGGUUUGUCAAGACCACGUUGAUUAAGAAUUUUGAUGAGCAUUAUGUCGGUGUCACUGAGGAAGAGUUGUCGGGUAUCGUGGAUCGAACCAUUGAAAUUCUUAUUGCCAAGCUCAAGGAGAGAACUAUAGCCUUGCAACCUGAAAUAGGGACUGCUGAGAUGACUAUUGGGGGAGAUCUUGACAAGAGGACACGACUUGGAAAGAGAAUGAGGGAUCUUUCAGCGAUGGAUUUAGAGAUCGAGGCUGCUAAAUGGGGUACUGGAAGUAAAGGGGGCUAUGAUAUCUAUGAGAAGUGUGAGGAACCCAUUGAUUUUCUUGUCACAAGUUCAAAUGCUAUAAGUGUGGAGAUAAAGGGCAUGUCCUUCGCGACUGCAAGAAGGAUCGGAUGUGUUCCCACUGUCACCUGUCAGGGCAUAUAA